AUUGUGCUGUGCUGCUCACCCCUCCCUUUCACAUACACCACUCCUUUUCUGAGCCUUUUUCCCAGAUCCGUAGCAGCCUUUCCCGGCUUUGGUUGGCUCACUGCCCACUGCUUCUUUGCUGCAGCUGCGGAACUGCUUAUAACUGAGCCUCUCCGCUCAGUCACCCUUUAAUUCUGUGCCCCUGAGCAGACCCAGCAGACAGUCGGCCUUCUCUUGGGCCUCUGCUGCUGCAGUGCUGUGCAACAACUGCCCUAUCUGCUGCUUGAGUGCUCUGGUUCCUACCCCAAGAUACAUCAUCUUUGGCAAUCUGGUUAAAAUGGGCACAAAUCCUGUUCUUGUAGUCCAUGGUGGAGCUUGGGCAAUACCAGAUGAGUUUGCUGAAAGAAGCAUCCUGGGAGUGAAAAAUGCAGUUAAGAGUGGCUUUGCAGUGUUGGAAAUGGGAGGAAGUUCAAUGAAGGCUGUAGAAAUUGCUGUGCGGGCCUUAGAAGAUGAUACUGUGUUUGAUGCAGGUCAUGGUGCUGUACUGAAUGCUGAUGGUUAUGUGGAACUUGAUGCAAUCAUCAUGAAUGGUAAAACUCUUGCUGCUGGUGCAGUCUCCUGUAUCAGGAACAUUUCUAAUCCGGUGGCGUUUGCUUGUUCAGUCUUGGAAAAGACACCUUAUGUGAUGCUCACUGGAACGGGUGCUAACCAGUUUGCUGAGAAGCUAGGCAUACCUCAAGUGCCUGUAGAAGAGUUAGUAACAGACCAUGCCAAAGCUGAAUGGGAGCAAUACCGCAAAUACAAGCAGACUGUCAAAUCACUUUUUAACACAGAAUUGGCUAGAGUCUGGAAGAUGCUGAGUGCACUCAGCUGUCAUGGAUAUCAGGUUCAUGACACAGUGGGUGCAGUUGCUAUAGACUGUGAAGGUAACAUGGUUUGUGCAACAUCAACUGGAGGCAUCACAAACAAAAUGGUUGGACGUGUUGGUGACACCCCAGUCAUAGGUUCAGGUGGCUAUGCUGACAACCUUGUUGGUGCUGUCUCUGCAACUGGUCAUGGAGAGUCCAUCAUGAAAGUCACUCUUGCAAGGCUUAUCCUCUUUCAUAUGGAACAAGGUGAUCCAGGUUCAAAUUUCUGCCCUGGAGCAGGGACUUGUGCCUGGGUGUCUUGCAUCCUAGGUAAAACUCCAGAGGAAGCUGCAGAUUCUUCUCUUCACUAUAUGGAAAAGAGAGUCCAUGGUCGGGGAGGAGUUAUAAUUGUCAGCAAAACUGGAGAAUGGACAGCACGAUUCACCACCAAGCGGAUGGCGUGGGCAGGCAUAAAGGAAGGAGUGUUAAUGUAUGGCCUAAAUCCAGGAGAAACAAUUCAAGAAAUAAUUAACCCCCCCAAAUAAACUUUUUUGGGGAGGGGAUUUUUACACUGGACGUUAUUAGUUUGUGUACACGAUUCUUAAUGAAGGGUGUAUGUAUCUGGCAUCUUUGGACUAACUUACUUCUUAUUCAAGAAGAUUCCUAAAAAAUGGCUUUAUUACGUUGAAUAAAGAUAGUUUUCCAAAGGCAUUGUAUUUGGUUAUUUCAGAACUUUGAGAAAAUGCUAAAUGCUACAUUGAGUCAGUGUUCCAUAGGAGUGGUGUUUCAUGCAAAAUUCAAUAUCUCAACUGUAGUGAACAAACAAACAAAAUGUGUAUGAUAUUCAAUGUUUCAGCUGCAACAUCCACAUCCAACUCGGGUAAUCUCAGUAAUGUGUGCAAGUUUUUUUCCUUUGCUCUCUAAAUGUAUCAUGUAUUCAUUGUUGUGCAUUUUUAGAAAAUUUUAAUGACAUGGAAAAGUUGAACUUUCAAUCAAGUUUAUCCAACUAAGUCUUAAUAGCAAUCUCACAAGUAUAUUUUAAUGUUUUGUGCUGAAUAUUUACCCCAAGAAUACAGAAAGCAGUGGAACUACUUUUAUGUCUUCCAAAAUAAGCUAUAGACUUUAUUUUCUUCUACAUUUGAAAGAUUGAAAUACCCUAUUUGUUAAACCACCUUUAUGGUCCUUUCAUUAAUUCCUCCCAAACCCAGUGAAACACAUUCUUUCAAGUAGACUGUCCCAAAUAAACCACUUUCUGGUAAAAACAGCAUUGCUCUCUUCAAGCAAUCAAAACAAGGUGGGAUUAAUGUUCCACAUAAUGUACAAAAUUCAGCAUUUAAAAAUCAGCUUCACACAUAUAAUUGCAUCAAUACCUCCUUAUAACAGAAACCUUCAUGAGAAAAAGAGCAAAGCACAGACUCUAUUUGUGCAAAGGAUUCAUCUCACAUAAAAUUUCCCUUUGGUCUGUGCAAUCUAUAUAUCUUCACAGCCUGCACUGCAGUCUUUUUUUUUUCACUGAAGAAUUAUCUGUCUUACUUAGUAAUGAGGUGCACUUUCACAAGUAUAUUGUAUAGAUUUUUGUAAUAGCAUUUCAUUGGUUUUGUAAUCUUUUUUUCCUAAAAGCAGUCACCCUUUUACAGAAAUGUCCAAUACUUUGGACUACAGAAAUGUUAUGAGGCAUUCAAGUUUCUUCUGUGAUCCUCCAUACAGUAGAGUUUGAAAUGUUUCCAUAUCUUACUGGUUAUGGCUUGCCGCUCUAUGGAUGUUUUCCAUAAACACUGACAGAUAAGAUAAAAAAGAUACAUUUUGCUGCAAGUCUUGGAUCACCUAAAAGUAAAUUAGCAGUCAGAUGCUGUCGUUUGUACUUUAGGUUUUUUCCUAAAUUGAAUAGCUUUGAUGUCAGCCGCAGCAAUAUAGAGGUGACUUAUUCAAAUAAUCUUGGACAGUAGCAAAUUUAGCUUGUGAUGUUUUAUUUUUGCCACACCAACUUCAAAGAUAUUGAGGAGGUAAACAAUUCUGAGGUGGGCACACUGGCUGUGCACAACAAAGACACAUAACUUCAUUUUGUGCUCACUUUCAUACAAACUCUUUCCUAAAACAUUUUUCAGAAUUAAACAUGGUAAUACAAUUUAAAAAAAAUAGGUAUCGGCAGAGUGAAAUAAAUUAAGAGGCAUAGGUAAUGGAGAAAGAGAUGUUUUCAGUCAAGAAGUGAAAAGAGAAAGUAAGUGAACUCGAGAGAUAGUGAAGACUGCACCAAAAAGAAAGAGCUGCAGAGAGCUUUUCCACUAAGCAUAUCAAGACUGGAUGGGAGAACAAAGGGAAGGCCAAUACUCAACAAGCUGGGAGGGGAACAGAAAAAGGCAAAGUUUAUGGGGUAGCAUCAGGACUGUGUGAACUGCUUGAAAUGAACCAACAAGUUUCUCAGAAUUUGCACUGGGUUGUGUUUGACUGUCAGUGGUUUGCUCAAAAAUAUCCUGUCAGGAGCUCACUGCUAGUCUAACAGUCUCCUAUCAGGGACUCCAGCAUCCACUAUAAAGUGUGUAGCAAAGAGUCCAGACAUCAGUGGCUAGAGGUGGGAUAGGGAGACAGGAAAUGUACUGAAAAAAGACAUAUUAACUAUGUUAAUGUUACACUUUCCCCUAGGCUGGAGGAGGUGCCUUAUGUUUUUCAGGUUGUGACAAAGUUCCUGCUCUACCUUGGUGGGUCUUGCGCUUACUGUCGGAUUUGCUCACCUUGGAGCUUCACGGCAGCCUCAGCUUGGCCGUUUUUCUGAAUUCACAGUCCAGGUCGACUCCUCCUAUGUCUGACCAGGAGUUGGGAGGAUUUGGGGGGAACCCAGGCCCGCCCUCUACUCCGGGUUCCAGCCCAGGGCCCUGUGGAAUGCAGCUGUCUAGAGUGCCUCCUGGAACAGCUGUGCGACAGCUACAACUCCCUGGGCUACUUUCCCAUGGCCUCCUCCCAACACCUUUAUCCUCACCACAGGACCUUCCUCCUGGUGUCUGAUAAUGCUUGUACACCUCAGUCCUCCAACAGUCCGCGUUCUCACUCUCAGCUCCUUGUGCCUCUUGCUCCCAGCUCCUCACAUGCGCACCACAAACUGAAGUGAGCUCCUUUUUAAAACCCAGGUGCCCUGAUUAGCCUUCCUUAAUUGAUUCUAGCAGCUUCUUGAUUGGCUGCAGGUGUUCUAAUCAGCCUGUCUUAAUUGUCUCCAGAAGACAAUUACCUUGUUACCUUACCCAGGGAAAAGGGACCUACUUAGCCUGGGGCUAAUAUAUCUGCCUUCUAUUACUCUCCUAUAGCCAUCUGGUCCGACCCUGUCACACAGGAUAAAUUCUCUCUCUGCAGGGAAUCUGUUUCAGACACACUAUUGGGGCUCCCCAACAGCUGGGGUCAUAAAGUCCUGAUUCAGGCCCAGCUCUGCUGUUGCUGCCAGCCAUGUCCCCCCUGCUCCUCUCCUUGUAAGCAGAACUCAGGAAAUGUGAGGUGCUGUACAUUUAGCCAGGCCAUUAGUCCAAUUUUAAACUUGAUGGUCCUGUUUUUUUUUUUAAGGUUUGUCUCCUGUCCAGUAUUGAUAUAAAACCAGAUGUGGUUUUGUCUGGUGUUAGGCACAGAGAAUGCCAUUUUGAAGAGUUUACCACUCCAACCUAUCGGUGUGACAUCACACACCAUGAAUGCAAGGUCAUGCCAGAUGGGGGUGGGCCAGUGCUGUUCCUGGAAGUACCUGGAUGUCCGGUAUUUUAAAGAUGUGUGAGUGGCCACCCUGUGUACA